AUGCUCAACCUGGCCGACAGUGAUGCGCCGUCGACGGCCCCGGCCGGGAUCAGAUGCAGGACCACGCCGGCGACGGGCGUCUCCUCGUCGCACGUCCUGCAAACCACGUCGUCGUCGGCGGCAGUAGCCGGUCACAAGGACGAGCGCAUAGCCCAGCUCGAGCGCGAGCUGGCCGACCGCACCGACUUCCGUGCCGAAUGGGAGACGAUAGCAGCACGUGACGAGGAGCUCCGGACACUGCGGCUGCAGGUGCGUGGGCUCAAGGAGCGAGUCAGCACGGCGACGCGAGCCGAGGGCGUGACCACCAGCGACGAGGUGCUUGCCGGCGGCAUGGCCCGUCUGGCCAACGGGCUGCAAAACUGGGUUAUUGUGCACUUUCGGCGUGCGAAGCUAGCACAUCCAGACGACUGCUAUGAGCUCACUCAGCUCGUCCCCAUGCACGAGCUUUUGCGCCACUCGGCCAAGCUGCACCUGCUGCAGUCUGCCGUCGCACGACUGCUGGUCGACCACGUCUUUGCAGCUUACUACGUCGGCCUGUCGUCCGAGCUGGCUGCCCAGCUGUCCCAGAUCGAGGCGGCUCUGCUGUCGUAUGCCGGCUCGGCCGGACCCAUCAACCAGUGGCGUGCCCUCACCCUGGCCAUUGUCAGUAGAGAUGCCGCCAAGCAGCUGCCGCCAGAGACGGAUCGCCUGAUCGACGAUGUGGUGGGGCGCAUCAGCAGUGUCCUGGAUAGGGCCACGACCACAACGACAACCACGUCCACGGACGAUCGCAAUCAGGCCUUGCGCUUGCUCGUCGCCGGUGCCGUCGAUCUGUCGCGCCUCCUCGUCGCCCAGCGGGCCGUCUUUCGCAUCUUCAUGCCCAACCCGACGCCACACCAGCAGCUGCUCUUCGACCCGUCCACGAUGGAGGAUCUAGGCUGCGAGGAGGACGAUGACGACGGCCUGGCUCGGCGUGAAGUCGCCUUCCUGGCCUUUCCUGGCAUCAUCAAACACGGCGACGAGACGGGCGGCCAGCUGCAAUAUCGCAACGUCAUCUGCAAGGCUCGUGUCACCUGCGCCCGGAAGGAUGAAGAGUCUCAACAAGGAAAAGAAUAA